AAUCACAAAUAAUGAUAACUACUAGAUUGAAUUUUAUCUAUAAUCUACUCACUACUUUGUAACAGGCAAGUAGGUAUAAUUUUUAUGUAAAAACAAUUUUCGAAAUGUUUACUUUUUGUUUAAUCUUCGUGUAGAUUAAAAGGUAUAGUGUCGUAAUUGCCUGUUAGUUUUUCGAUCUUUCUUUUAUGGUAACGCUUGAAGGAAAGACUGUGACCAGGCCAUAAAACCUUUAAAAAAGUGGCAGUCUGAUACUUUAUAGUUACUCAUAAUACUUAAACACAGAGCAUCUAAAUAAAUAAUUAAAACUGUUUUAGGUUUAUUUUGAUAGUUUUAUGUGAGAGAAGAAACAUCGGCACAGGAUGGGGACCAAAAACCAAGGCAGUAGAAGUUAUAGACGAACAGAAAAAGGUUUUUUGAGAAAACCUGAUUCAUAUUUGCCCGUAAGAUUGGCUGGGGACCUUGUAUUGUUCGUUGCUCAUGGAAUCAAUAUAAUAGUAAUGCAUCUAGCGUUACAGACCGAUGUUAUGAAGGAGAAAGAUCUUAAGGAUUUCCAUUCAUUACAGUGGAAAUAUAUAACUAUCUGGAAUUUGGUGAGAAGAAUAGCUUUCCAAAAUGCUUACCUUCUGAUGGCCAUCGCGUGUGAUAUAUCCUCAUUAUUUAAAAUAUUAGAAGAGAACAAAAUCUUGGAACAAAUUAAACGUUACAGGAAAACAUUCUUUUCAGCUGUUGUUUGGCCUUCAAGUAUUCUGGUGAGCACGCUAUUUUGGCCGAUAUUUCUUUACGAUCGAGAACUUGUUUUCCCAUCUUAUAUUGACAAGGUUCUUUCCACCACUUCAAACCAUAUGAUACACUCAUUCAUAACUGUCGUGGUUGUAUGGGAGCUUAUUACUUUUCCCAGAAGUGCGCCGCAGUCACAUAAGUGGAACUUGAUGCAAUUAGCUCUUAUUUACGUGGCAUAUCUGGUUGUGUUCAUAACAAACUACCACAUAACGGGAUUAUGGCCAUACCCACUACUGUAUAGUAUAUAUGGGACAAUAUAUUUCCCACUAUUUUUAUUUGCUGUAUUUAUAAUUUAUUUAAUUGCAUACUUUAUACAGUGGCCUCUUGUGAGCCUUAUACAUGGAUCUUCGAAGAAAGUGGCUGAAUGAUCCCCGAUAACAAACUGUAUGAAGAGUUUGACUUCAAUUAUCGUAACCAACCAUUACAUUAAACAACUAGCCAUUGGUUUGAAAAAACCUAGGUUAUACAACGGUAGUCUUUAGUAACUAAUAUGGAAAGUAGAAAGAGAUCAGACAAGCUUUAAGAGCCGACAACGCACCCACUAAAUGGGUGUCCAUGGGCUGCGAAAAGUGCCCUCUUUGGGUUAGCAGAUUAGCAGAUUUACCAUACUACCUCAAAAUUAGAGACGCCAAAUUUUAUAAAACUCAAACUUUUAUUAACAACAAUAAAUUUAAACGUAAUCUUACCUUUGUGCGUAUUUGAUAUCUCAGUACUUUCCGUAAGUUUGCUAGGUUGUGGUUUUGGAAUAUAGAUUUAUAAGUAGAAAAUAAUGAUAACAAUACAGGUGAAUUAUUAAAAAUAGGAGAAACAUCGGGGCGUGUUUUAUAAACACAAUAUUUAAAACAAUAAUUAAUUGAAUUAGAACCUCCACCGUCAAUGACACUCUUAUAUAGUAAAUAUAUCCUGGAAAGUUAUAAUGCUAUAAAUUUCCAACCCUUAUAUCUAACCCUUAUGUUUCGCUCAGGCAUACUUAAGGCUUAUGAAACGCAUAUCGCUGGGUUAAAACAAAAUUAUAGUAAACUGUAUGAAUAGGAUAGAAAAUAAAAACACAGCGUGUUCCACCGGAACCCGAGUUAGACUUGGGUUUUAUAAGCAUUAGUUUAUGCAUUUUAAACUUACCUGUAAUUAAGAUACGUAUAAAAACAUCACAAUCAAGACUUUUGAGGUCUUUCGACAUUUGUUUUCUCUCUAUAGAUUCUUUUUGUUAUACAUAAUUACUGUGAUAUGUAAAAUUAACUUAAGAUGUAUUCGCUGCCGUGAUUGGUCAGCAUCAAUCAAGAAAUCUUAAUUAGUAAAAUAGAUUAAAUC